CCUCAACAAUCCAACCUCAUCCACAUCCACCCAUCCAAAAACCCACGGGAAUACUACCCCGUCGGCCUUCACCAUGGCCUUCCGCAACGGGUCCUUCGCGACCUUCCUAAUCGUCUGCCCAACAUCCUUCUUCCUCGGCCUCAUCUUCUCCCUCUUCCCCUACGACUACCCCAUCCUGUGGUCCACAACCCCCACCCCAGCAACCCACUUCGACUACUUCGAAUCGCACCUCCGAUUCCUACACGCCUCGCCGCCCCUAAUCCCGCGAAUCCUGCACAUCGUGAUCUUCCUCGGCUUGCUCGGUCUGAUCAUGAAGCUCUACAAACCCUCCGAAAGUAAUAUGUUGUUCGAUGGCGCCAGUCUCGUGCUGUAUAUGUGUGGGAUUACGGUCUACAUUGCGAAUAUUGUUAAGGGGUUGAGGUUGGUUAGUGGUGGGGUUUAUGGGGAUGAGUUGGUUAAGAAUGGUGGAGGUGGGAGUGGGGAUGAGGGGGUGGAUGUGGAACAAGGGCAGAUUCUCGGCAGGGAGGAUAGUUUGAAGGUGUUGGCGGCGAGUAAUACUAUCCUCGCGCUGGUGUUGGUUGGUGUGCUUGUGUUGCAGGCGGGGCAGUGGUAUGCGGAGAGGAAGGAGGCGCAGGAGGUGGAGAGUUUUGCUACUUCUUCGAAGAAGAGUGCUAAGGAGGGGGAGAAGGAGGGGGGAAGUGAAGGAGGGAGUAAGAAGAAGAGGAAUUAAUCAAAUUGGGUGAGUGUGUGGGUUUGGAGGUGUGUGAGAGGUGAGAUGGUGUGGUGUUGGGGUAGGUAAGGAGGUAGUGGAUGUGUAUGGUAUCAGUUACUAUGAAUUGCAGUUUCAAAGGUAUCAUCUAUGUACAGCAUAGGUAUCAGUUCAGUAAUGC